CUGUACAAAGUAAUGGGGAACCGACUACGGUUCCUAGCGGACUACCAUUCCUGUCACACCGACGCGGUAGGCUUACUGCCUCGGCCGACUUCUGUUUUCUUUCACAAAAAGCACUCUUAGGCUCUUGUUCUGUGUUUAUAUCGCCAUCAAGUAAUGAUCUGAAUCAAAAAGGGCAACAGUGCGGUUUUGAAAAAAAAACUGCUUUCAUCAAAGUAGUAUUUAUCUUAUAGCAAUGAAGAACAGCUUCUUGCGUAUUUAACAGUUAUAUAUAUUUUAUACUUUUUUUAUAUAUUUUACUGUUGUAUACAUUUUACAUUUAACAUUUCCUGCCCAAUUAAAUUGGUUGUGUCUUAAAAUGAAAACCUUUAUCUUACGCAAAUAUUGCUUUUUAUCUCGCAUGCAGGUUCCCUCUUUAGAGAAGAUAGGAGGCCUGUGAGUAAUCGAUCAAUAUCCCAUGCGAUCAAUAUCCCAUGAAUUAAGUAGCCUAAAAGCUAUACUGAAAUACGCCCAAAGGUUACUGCCUGCAUAUUAUUUGAAGCAUGUCUUUUUUCAGGCUGGGUCGAACCGACAUUCGGGUUAAUACGAAAAAAGCUUGUUAAAAUCAUCAGUUGAUCUCAGUAAUCCGUGAUGUCCAAAAGUAAAGGGGCCAGGGCACAUCGUGCCAGAGAGUACAUGCACACUUUGGUUGACACCAGAGAGCGCUUAGAUACAGCUCUUAAAACCCUGAGAAGUGUGAGUGAAGAAGGUCCGAAUCUCGCCGUCGAUGGCGAAGGUUUUGAUUAUUCCAGAAGAGGAAGACUGUCUUUAAUUGUCAUCGCAACAAGAGAUCACGUGUUCCUGUUUGAUAUCGUCAAGCUAGGAAAGCGUGUUUUUGAUCGCGGGCUUCGCAAGAUUCUGGAGGAUCCCACACGCGAAAAGCUGAUGUUCGACUGCCGCGAAGAUUCUGAUAUUCUGUGGCAUCAGUACAACGUGGAACUUGACGGCGUCCUAGAUAUACAGCUUUUGCAAGUUAUGUUUUGUAGGAGAGACGACUCGGAUCUCUCGCCAUUUGGUCGACAGAGAGGUGCCCUAGCACCAUGUGUAAAGGUAUUAAGUUUGCUGCAUUGCCUUGAGCAGUACGCCGACGAUGUUACGUCCACUAAAAUAAAAAAAUCUGUUGGCUCAACCUUCGCGCAAUCACCAGAGCAGUGGAUGGUCAGACCUAUUCCCAGCGACAUGAUCAAGUACGCAUGCGUUGACGUAUCGACCCUGUUUGUUCUCUACGACAAAAUGAAAAUGGGCAAAAGGAACAUGAGGCGUCUGAAAGUCGCAUCAGCGCGCUACGUCAGUCUGAAGCGUUCGAUAAAAAAACGCCGCUAUGACAUUUUUGAGAGAAAUGGGUACCUUCCCCUUAAUGUAAUACCCGAAAAGGGACAUGUCGAUUUUUCUCCCUAUCAGUCCUCCAAAGGCCCUAAGUGUGUGGGCUGUCAAAGACGCUUUCCACGGGAAGCAUUCACUAAAACACAGCUUAGAAAUGGCGAACAAAAAUGCAAAGUUUGCAGGAAGGUGAAACACAGUAUAGAUGUCCAGAGAAACAAAGAAGAAAACUGCGAAAGUGACAGCUCUGAAGAUGAUAGCGAUACCUCCGAGGAUGAUUCUUCCGUUUCGACCUCUGACAAUGACGAUGACUAUUAGGAAUAAUUGGGAUGCAACUUAAUUUUCUUUGGAAUAUUAAUGUUCUUUGGGGGUUUGGCUGUGCCUGUGGGGAAGGGUGAUUUUUUUCUUCUUUAUAUAAACUCAGCUAUCUCCUCCUAGAUCAUUGGAAUGAGGAAGUUGAGAUUUUUGGGCUUGUUCUCCUGGAGGUUUGGCUAUCUCCGGGGGAGGAGAAUCCUUUUCAACGCUGUAAUUGCUUUUACAUUGUACCUCCACCUAGGCCGUUAACGUAAAAACUUGGGGGUUAUUAAGAGUAUCAAGGGAGAUAUGCAUAGGCACUGAGGAAUUUAUGUGUGAUUGGGGGUAGAGCUGUACCUGGUGGGUGGAUGAUUCUAAUUUAACAUUGUCAUUCCUGCCAUCUCAUUUUAGACCUUUUGAUCGUGGAACUUAAAACUUGAGUGACUGAAAGACCUAACAUCAUGGAUGUUAAUAAGCAAUUCGGAAUAUUAAUGGGCUUGGGAUUGGGUUGUCCUGGGGUGAGGGAUGAUUCUUUUUUGCACAAAAAUUCCAAAUUGUCCAUGUAUAUCCCCGAUGGGGAAAUGAGGAAAUAUAUGAUAGCUACCCGUCGGCAUCAUCUACAUCUUAUUGCAAAAGAUACAGACUGAAAGAGUGAUAAAUAUAUGGACUGCUAAUGAUUCCAUAUACAUUCUCAGAGAAGUGUAUCGGGCAAUGUAUGCAUCAGUUUAAUUACCUAAAUAUUUCGUAUUUGGUACAGGUUCUUGCAUGAUAAUACUUAAUAAUUAUUAGGCUCUCUUUUAAUACAAUUAUUACCAAAGAUCAAGUUUACUUUCUUUCCUGAAGUUGGCUUGUCGGCAUGCUGCUAUGCUUCAGUCAUGACAAAACGUUUGAGCUUUUUUUAAAUUUUCUGUGAGAGCUACCAUAAUUGCAUGAACAAAUUAAACAUACUUUGCAUAUGUCAAGGUUUUUCUUUUUAGGCAUCGACAGGCGUACAGAUUUUAAUGCUAUUUUGAACAUUUUCUAGAACGUCUUAGAAAUGAAUAAACUUUACAGACUGCUCUUUCAGUUUUCACAAGGAUCAUUUUU